AUGACUGAAACACUCAGAGUUCAUAACACUCUUAAAAGAGAUAGUCUUGAUAACUUUGUUUGCAAUGGACCAAUUAGAUGGUAUUGCUGUGGUCCAACUGUUUAUGAUGAUAGUCACCUUGGACAUGCAAGAACAUAUCUUUCUACCGAUAUUUUUAGAAGAAUAUUAGAAGAUUAUUUUGGUUAUCAAGUAAUUCAAUGUAUGAACAUUACUGAUGUUGAUGAUAAAAUUAUUCUCAAAGCAAGAAAAAAUCUUUUAAUUUCUAAAUAUUGUACUGCUACACCAAAAGUUACUGCUGAUACAAUUAAAAUGAUGAAAGAAGCAUGGAAUGAGCAUAAAGAAAAUAUUGAAAAACAAAUGAGCGAAACAAAAGAUGCUGCUAUGUUGUCGUUAUUUAAAUCUCAAAAAGAAGAAUAUGAAAAAGUAUUUCCAACACUUGACUCAUUUAAUGGACAAAAUACCGUUGAAGUUUUUGCUCGUAUGACUGAUGUUAUUGGUAAAUAUCUUGAUGUUAGACAAAAAGAGUCUGUUGACCCUAUAGAAAUGAAGGAAGCUGCAAGAGUCCAUGCAAGAAAAUAUGAAGAACUUUUCUUUGCUGAUUGUGAUGCUCUUGGAAUUAGAAGACCAGAUGUUAUUUCUCGUGUUACUGAAUUUAUUCCAGAAGUUAUUGCUUUUAUUCAAAAAAUUAUUGAUAAUGGUUAUGCAUAUGAAUCAAAUGGAAGUGUUUAUUUUGAUACAGCUUCUUUUAGAAAGGCUGGAAUGACAUAUGGAAGAUUAGAACCAUGGAGUGUUGGUGACGUAGAUGCCCCAGCUGAUGGAGAGAAACAUAACAAAAAUGAUUUUGCAUUAUGGAAGAAAUCAAAAGCAGGUGAACCAAGUUGGGAAAGUCAAUGGGGUCCAGGAAGACCAGGUUGGCAUAUUGAAUGUAGUGCUAUGGCUUCAAAUGUUUUUGGAGAUACUUUAGAUAUCCAUUCAGGAGGAGAAGAUCUUAAAUUCCCACAUCAUGAAAAUGAAUUAGCACAGUCAGAAGCAUAUUUUAAUAAAAAAGAAAGUUGGGUACGAUAUUUCCUUCAUACUGGACAUCUUCAUAUUAAUGGACUUAAAAUGUCUAAGUCUCUUAAAAACUUUAUUACUAUCAAACAAGCUCUUGAAAAAUAUAGUGCAAGGCAAUUAAGAAUAUUAUUCUUGAUGCAAUCAUGGGAUGCAGUCAUUAAUUUCUCUGACUCUGCUUUAGAUGAGGCUAUUUCUAAAGAAAAAACUAUUGUUGAAUUCUUUGCAACUAUGCAUAGUGCUUUGAAUGCACCAUUAAAAGGAUCUCCUCUUGAUGCUAAGGAUAGAGACUUUUUAGCUACUCUUGAAACAAGAAGAAAAGGUAUUCAUACUGCAUUAUGUAAUAAUUUUGAUACUGCUACAGCUAUGAACCAUCUCUUUGCUUUAAUUCGUAAAUGUAAUGAAUAUUUAUCAUCAACUUCAAGUACAUUAUUAUUAAGAUCAGCUUUAUAUUAUAUUCAAAAAAUGUUAAAAGUAUUUGGUAUUGAAGAGAAACAAGUAUCAUCAUCAUCUGAUAAUGCCCCAUUAUUAGAUACAUGGUGUUCAUUUAGAACAGAAGUUAGAAAAGAAGCUAUUAAAUCUAAAAAUACAAAUAUAUUGAAUUUAUGUGAUAAAGUUAGAGAUGAAGAUUUACCAAAAGUCGGUGUACGUGUUGAAGAUGAUGGUAAAACUGCUUGGAAAUUAGGAAAUCCUGAAGAAAUUCUUGCUUCUAUUGAAGAAAAGAAAAAGGUUGCUCAUGAACAAGCACUUAAAAAGAAACAAAGUAAAAGAGCUGAUUUAGUUAAAAAGAUUAGUAAUUACAAGAGUUGGGCUGCAGAUCCAAAUGAUUUAUUUAAGGAAUAUCCAAAACCAGAAAAUGGAAUUAUUCCUACUGUUGGACUUGAUGGUAAACCAAUUGGAAAGAAACAAGGACAAAAAUUAGAGAAAUUAUAUAAGGCUGCUGUUAAGAAUAAUGAAUUAUAUAAAGCUGAAUUAGCUAAAGACUCGGAAUUUUUAAGUAAAUUAGAAGAACAAGUCCAUCAACUUGAUAAAGAAAUUGAAGAAAUGAAGAAUUAA